AUGGAGAAUGCAAUAAGGGGUGGCAAAAUCGAGAGGGAAGUGACCAAAAGAUCGGCCCCAAUGAGAAAGGAUAGUGAAGUAAAUAACACAAGCACCUUCAACAUGAAGGCAAUCACAGUUGGUCAACCUAAAACAGCUGUGGUUGAGCAACAGAGUUCUCAAAGGCAGGAGUCCGGUACAAGGCAGAAUUCUGAAAGGAUGCAGUUCAAACCUAUCCCUAUGACGUAUCGUGAGCUUUAUCAAAGCUUAUACGAUGCACAUACUAUUGAUCCUUUUCACUUGAAACCACUGCAGCCCCCAUAUCCCAAAUGGUAUGACACAAACACCAGAAGCGAAUACCAUGCUAGAAUACCGGGGCAUUCGAUCGAAAACUAUACCGAUUUUAAGAAGGCCGUAGAGAGGCUUAUUAAGAUAGGGGUAGUGAAGUUCGACAAUACCCCUAAUACUGAAAACUCAUUGCCAAAUCAUAGCGAUCAAGGAGUGAAUGCCAUUGGCAAAUCCAGUGAGAGGAGAAUGAAAGAAGAUGUUGCUGAGGUAAGGAUGCCAAUAAAGGUGAUUUGGGAGGAGAUGAUGAAGAGAGAUGAACAGAAAGGAACUAGCCGGCCAAGGAUUAUUAUUUCCCUGCUGGGGAUUAAUGAAAUGGGGGCACAAAUGGUGCCUAAGGUCAUUAUCCAUAGGCCUACGUUUUUCUGUUAUAAGGAUAGCAAGAGGGUACCAUGGAGUUAUGACUACAGUGUGACAGUGCCGGAGGAGGAGAGUAUAGCCAAUACGUCUAAGGAUGUACAAGUUCAGGGUUCCCAUACACGGAGUGGGAAGCAGUAUGAUACGGUGGGCAUCAUAGAAGAGCCCACAAAAACAAAAAAUGUUAUUGCGGAAAAGGAGAAAGAGGCUGAAGUGCCUGUCAAUGAGCGAGUAAAGGAGGAGGAGGCUAAGGAAUUUCUAAAGUUCCUUAAGCAUAACGAGUAUAGCAUGGUCGAGCAGUUGCAUAGGCAGCCGGCUCGCAUAUCAGUAUUGGCUCUAUUUUUGAGUUCUGAGGUGCAUCAGGAAGCAUUGAUGAAGCUGGACCGGUUGGUUAAUAACAUAAGUGCGAAUAAUUUCAUCUACUUUAAUGAUGAUGAAAUCCCACCGGGGGGCAGGGGGUCAACUAAGGCCUUGCACGUCACCACUCGAUGCAAAGGGUACACACUCCCAGGUGUGCUCGUCGAUAAUGGAUCGGCUUUGAAUAUUCUACCGUUGUCAACAUUGAACAGAUUACCUAUUGACGGUUCUCACAUGAAGACAUGUCAAAAUGUGGUAAGUGCCUUCAACGGGAGGCCAUGGAUACACUCAGCGGGAGCGGUGCCGUCAUCGUUGCACCAGAAAUUAAAGUUAGUGACAGAUGGACGGUUAGCAACCAUCAAUGUAGAGGAGAACAUUAUAGCUGCAGUCACUAGCAAGGCCCCUUAUGUCGAGACGAACGAAGAGUCUAUUGAGUGUUUCUUUCGCUCUUUAGAAUUUGUGAAUGCAACCUUUAUUUCAGAAGGGAGUCAGCUACCGGUGCCAAAGAUAGCAAGAGCUACGAGGAUGGCUCUACAAAUGAUGGUGGGAAAGGGAGCCUUACCAGGAAUAGGGUUAGGAGAAUACCUGCAAGGAGGGACUCAAAUUCUAGAACUAAAAGAGAAGAGAGAUCGCUUUGGUCUGGGCUUUAAGCCAGACUAUAAACAAAGGAAGAAGGAAGUUGAGAAGCGCCAAGAGGGAAGAAGGGCGCACUUUAAUGGAAGAGAAGUAGAGUGGGAGUCGAUGACAUUCCCUCCAAUAUCCCAAACCUUCAUAUCAGGAGGGUUACUUAUAGAAGAAAGUCAUCAGAUUAAUACUAUACACAACGAAGGAUCGAAGUAA